CUCCUAUUCCUUCUGAAAUUAUUUCAAGUUCAUUAGCUUAAAUAUAGACUAUUAUAGCACUAAACUACAGUAUUAUUAAUAACCAUGAACUUGAAUAACAUAAAACUUUGGAGGACUCUGCUUUGGAAAAAAUAUUUGAAGCUUUUCUCAUAGUAGCAAAUAGAAUUAUCGAGAGAGACUUGUGAUUGACCUUGAUUCUUCUGGUUGAUUGAAGUUGGAAGCAAUGAUUGAUUGCUGUCAGCAGCUGGUAACAAGAGCUAGAAGUGGGCACAGAUGAUUUUAUUUGGAAUAUCAGUGAAAGAAAAUAGAAGUCUUUGUCCCACCCCAAAGUACCAAUCGCCCGAUUUUCCCCCUCAUACCCCAUAUCACACGAUCGCGCAAGUGGUUUGUUGUCCCCCUCCACUUCCACAAAGUCGAAAGUUGAACUUGCGAUGGUAGAGCUUUACUUUUCACUGCUCAGUCCUCAGUCAUCCAUCAGCUAUCGAAUUCGGUGCUCUGAGCACAAUUAUCCGCUGGCGAGGAUUGCAAUCCUGCUGUCAUAUCGUAGGCUUACUUCCAGUUUAUUGCUAUCUAACUGUUUACCUUCAUCUCUAACUUAGAGUCAUGGAAAAGAAUAAACUGCAAUUCGUGUGAAAAGUGGAUCCAGAUCUGCAGAUCACCUCUCACCAGAUAUUUACCAGGAGGAAAAGUGUCCAGGAAACGGUCACUAAGAAAGAGAGCGCCGAACGAAUACAGCUUAUAAGAGAACUCCUUUCUGCCAGUAGUUUAAGAAACGGAAGGGGAAGUUCUCCGGAUGUGAAAAAAAUUAACCUCGUCGGUAACUCUAUAAACUAUCAUAAACGAUCCCAUAGUAGUACAAGCAGUAAAGAGAAGACGUUCUUCAAUCCGCUCAGGAAUGAUUAUAGAAGAAAAGACUCUGUUGCUGUUGAAGAGCGCAAAGAAAACGACAAAAAGAUGGAGUCAGAAUUAUCGAAGAAAAAUGAAGAAUAUAAGAAGCACUCAGGUGGUGUUAAUAAAGCUCUGAUUCGGAAACGGAGGGAUGUGCGCCAGGGGAAACAAGAGGCAGCCAAGAAACAAGCAGUGAAGAAAAGAAUGAGGAUGGAACAUUUUCGAACCCACAUACCAAGAACGCCACUUCAGUUGAGCAUUACAAGCUUCCCAAAUUUGAACAUUGAUUUCCAUGGAGGUGGAGAAGCGCCUAUGUUUUUGGACACAGCACAUGCCCAACGAACAAUUGUCCAAGUGCUUUCCCAGUAUUACAUGCGAGAGGAGAGUGAGUCCAUCUGCAGUCGAGAUGAAGUGCUCGAUGGAUCCGAACUGAGCUACAAAAGCGAACCAAGUAAGAGUGACUCGGAUUCCACGAUUACCACAGAGGCAUACUUACAAGAAGCCUAUAAUUAUUUGUAUCACCAGCAUGUGAAUACCUUGACCAAAUUAGUUGGAGAUGCUAAGCAAGAGAACAUUGAAAACACUAAGAAACGGCUGCACAUUGGACAACACUACUUUCUCCAAAGCAACGAAGUGGAUGAACAUUCAAAAUCACCUGGAGACAACACUCAACCACAUGUAGCCAAUGAAGAUUCCAACGAUGAGGCAUCUGAUGCAUCCGAUAUUGAUGAUAAUGAAGAAAAGCAGAAACAGAUUCUCUCUUCUAUAAAAGAACAUCUGGAAUUUUCACAAGCUACUAAUGGAUCUGAAAUUGUCCAAUCUUCAAGUCCCGAAAACACCAUGUUAGAAAAAUCAGGAGAAAACUUGAAAUCGGAAAAUUCUUUGUCUGAAGAUUUCAAAGGUAUACAGAUCACAACCACGUCCCCAACUAUACUGUCAGAUUCAAGGACUGAAUCCCUUGAUUAUUCGAAUCUUCUAGCAGACUAUGAGGAUUAUCUCAUCCGUCGUGAAUCAGAAGAGUCAACUGUAAUCAGCAGGGCUGAUUCACCAGAUUCACUUAAAAGUUCCCUUUUUCCAAAAUAAUUGAAACUAUUAUUUUACAAUUCAACGAGAAUUAAAGAAUAGAAGAAAUUAUGUGAUUGGAGAAAAAGUGUCAGGUUACUGAUAAGUGUAUUAUCCCCACAUUUAUCUUUUUAUAGUUUCUAUAGUUACAAAUUUAUUCAAAUGGUGUACAAUCUGAAACUAUAUGAAAUACUUUUACAUGUUAUUGGGUAGAAUGAAUAAUCAUUUGAAUAAUAUAUCGUUGAAAAACUAAGUUCAUUCUAACCAGACUAUGAAUAAUAAUUAUUCUAUUAUUAUUAAAUGAAUUAAAUUGGAAAGUUGUUUUCUAAUAAAUGUUUAAAGUGUUGAGGGGUGCUCUCUAUCAUUUUAUUGUUGAAUUACCUAUGUUGAUGAUUGAAUUACAAUAACAAUUACUCAACUCAAGUUAUUUUUCGUCAUUUUUUGAAAAUGGAAUAACUUUUUAAAAAAAUGAUAUUUUUAAAAAAUCUUUAUUUCAUCGACAGAUAAGAAUGUUUCCUCCAAAUUUCAUGAAUUUUUCUCUUACCAAUUUUGAAAUAUUUUUUUUCAAAUAUUUAAACUUUUGGUGCUCAUAUUAUCUCAAAAAGUAAUAAUCAGAGAAAAACCCCUGAUAACUUGAUAGUAGGCCUAUCCAAAUCGAAAAACUUCACCAGUAGAACUGUUUUUUAGCCUUGUGUUCUAAUAUCUAAUGUGUGCUUUCUACUGGACUACUACUGGACUGAAGCAUUUGAAAUCACAAUGCGCACAACUAUGAGGUAUAUCGCACGUAAGAUGAUUUUUGCAAUACAAUAUUCGACUAAGCGUAUUUAUAUUCACAAAAUCCACAACUCGAAGAUUUAUUGCCUCUAUUUACUCAGAUAACGAAACAAAAGAUUAAUGAAGUCGUACUAUUAUAAUAAACAAUUUUGCAACUAAAAGUUUUUUGCCAGAAUGUGUUGAACUAGGUAUAAUUUUUUCAAGCUUUAAAUAUUUAUUUGAAAGCACAAAACUCGCAACUGAGAGGUCAGUCUCCUACUAUCAUUUUGCCAAGAUAUUUUUCACAGGCACUUGAUUGUUUCUGUGAUCACUAAGUUUUCAACUGAGAGGUUUCCUACUUACAUAUCUGCGUUUUUGGUUUUUUCGAAAACGACUUGGAUUAAAGCAUUUAUAGUCACGAAGUAGAUAGGAAAAAAAGGGUAAUCCUUUUAUGCUACCUCGGAUGAAUUCUCAAACGAUAAUACAACAUACAUUUCUUGACAAAGUAGUAGAUACAGUAGGCUAUAUCGCAGAUCACAAAAUUCACAAAAAUGAGAAUUUUUAACAGAAGUUUUCCUGAAAAAAUACAUUGCAAUAUAGAAUAAGAGAAUCAAUUUUUUGAUGAAGAUUUAUUUUUUAUGAUUCAAAAUCAAUGGGUAGUAUCAGUGUCAUAAGAUAUAAUGAACUGUGUUGAUCCAUAUUCUACUCGAUGAGAAAUAAUAAAAUUGAUUGGAGCAAACAUCAAAGUAAUCAUAUUUCAUCAUAAUUGUAGUGUUCAUAAUCUGGCCAAUUUGAGAGCGGUUUUGUCUGGAAUAAAUUGGAAUUUCAUUACCGAGGAAAAGGACACAAACAGAAAAUACGGGUUAUUCCAUUGCACCUUCCUCCACUACUACAAUAUUCAUUGCCCUGUCAUGACCAAAGCUCUACCCUCAGUUAGGAAGUCGCGUAGUGCUCAUUGGAUAACACAAGAAAUUAAGCAAAUUAGACUAUUGCUCAAAUUUGCAACGGGAAAUGCGCAUUCUAUUCCCAAUAUUAAUUUAUCCCUCAUUAAAAACAUAAAAUGUAUUACGAUCAGUUAGUAACUGAAGCUAAAAAACGUUACUAUGGAGAUAUGAUAAAAAAUCCAUCAAAUAAAUCUAGAACGAGUUGGAAUUUAAUUAAUCAAUUUAGAGGUAAAUGUACUGGAAAGAAAAUUGAAUCUUUAGCGCUUGAUAUUGAGAACGUACUUAUGACUAACCAAGAGGAAAUUGCAGCUGAAUUCAAUAGCUUCUUUGCGACUACUGCUCAAAGAAUAAAUAAGAAAAUGAAAAAAAUACAACACUUAUCUAAUAGUACUCCUGAUAGCGUUCCUAGCUCCCAUAUUUUGCCGCCUGAUCACUUUAUUCUAACACCUACAAAUGAAGAGGAAAUCUCACGCAUAAUCAAUAACUUCAAGCCAAAAAGUAGCACAGGACAUGAUGACAUCCCGUUGAAUGUAUUAAAGAUCUGUUGUGAGGCGAUUGCCCAGCCGCUUGUUUGCAUUAUCAACUCCAUGUUCGAGAGCGGGGUAUUUCCCAAAAUUUUGAAGAUUGCCAAGGUACUUCCACUUUUCAAAGAGGGCAGCAAACAACAUUAACAAUUAUAGACCUAUUUCGUUAUUGACAGCUUUUUCAAAGAUUUUUGAAACGGUGAUUCUUACUAGACUGGUGACUUAUCUCUCUGAACAUAAUCUAAUUUCACCAAACCAGCAUGGAUUUGUAAAGAACAGGUCAACUAGUACAGCCCUCAUCGAGUUUUUUGAAGGUAUAAUAAAAGAUAUCGAAGGUGGCAACUACACUUCUGGAGUAAUGCUCGACCUCUCUAAAGCUUUCGAGUGUGUAGAUCAUCAGUUGCUUUUGGAAAAAUUAACUAGGCUUGGUUUAAGAGGAAAAGUGCAUGAUUUAAUAAGAUCUUACCUUUCUGAUCGGUAUCAGUAUGUUUCAAUUCAUGGUAGUGACGGACAAACAGCUUCAAACCUAAUCAGAAUAUCAUCAGGGGUACCACAGGGAUCUAUUCUGGGACCACUUCUCUUUAUACUGUACAUAGAUGACAUCUGUUCACUUGUUCCUCUUAAUAAACUUACCUUAUAUGCGGAUGACACAUCUUUAAUUUUUUCACACAAAAACUUGAAGGAGAUGGAGAUUAAUUGUAACUUGAUAUGCAAUAGAGUCGUUCAAUUUUUCAACUCACUUUCCCUCACAGUUAACUCAAAGAAGAGUAGUCUCAUUGACUUCAGCCGAAG